GACAGAGAGAUACUCAUCUUUUAUUCUGAAAAGUGGAAGUGUGGCUGUUACUGAUCCCCACCAACGACACACAAGUUAACGCAUCAAUACAGGCGAUUGAAACACGUCUAGCAGCGGCAGCGAACAGGUGGUGCUCCUGACAGACGUUUGAGCCAUCUUACCUAGUGGGAGGACCCAAGCCUAAAUUGCAGUUCGACAUGCUAAAGGAGUAAGGUACAGAAGGGAUACUACCUUCACCUCAUCUCAUAUCCUUACUCCUCAACCAAGCUGAGCAAGGAAAACAGCCUAGUCAGUAGAAGCAAAACACCACAGGCAUGAUUAGAGUGGAUGUGUUCUGUGUGGUGGUGCUAGCAUUCAGCCACAGCCUGGAAACCCCUGUGUACGGAAUCAAAAGGUCUCAGGAAAAUGUGUUGUCAGAUCCCACAGACUGUAUGUCCAGGACCCAGCAGCAGCCUAUCUUAACAAACUCUCCCAACUUCUCUGUGGAUAUACGGAUGCCUGGUGUUGUCCCAACUAGAUCAGACACUUACCUCUGCAUGGCAUUUCCUGUGCCAACUAGUAGAGAUUCAUAUAUUGUGGACUUCAUACCUCAUGCAAGUAUGGACACAGUGCACCACAUGCUGCUGUUUGGCUGCCAGACUCCUGUCUCCAGGAGCAGCUACUGGGACUGUGGCAGUGUACAAGGCACUUGUGAGGAUGAAGCUUCCAUUAUGUAUGCCUGGGCUCGGAAUGCGCCACCUACUAAAUUACCCAAAGAUGUUGGUUUUAAAGUUGGUAGAAGUUCAGGAAUGUCCUACUUUGUGCUGCAGAUCCAUUAUGGAGAUGUCAUUGCUUUUAGAGACCAUCAUAGAGAUUGCUCAGGACUUACCUUAAGAAUGACAUUAAAACCGCAGCCAUUCACUGCUGGCAUAUACCUGCUCAUGUCGGUGGACACAGUUAUUCUUCCAGGAAAAAAAGUUACAAAUGCAGACAUCGCCUGUGAUUACACUUCAUAUCCGAUCUACCCGUUUGCCUUCAGGACCCACACACACCAACUUGGUAAAGUGGUCAGUGGCUACAGGAUCCGAGAUGGGAAGUGGAGCCUGAUUGGGAGACAGUCCCCUCAGCUACCACAGGCUUUCUAUCCUGCCAACAAGGAGGUGAAUGUCAAGUAUGGGGACACGAUUGCAACCAGAUGUGUGUUUACUGGUGAGGGCAAAACCUCCAAAACUUAUAUUGGUGGUACCUCUGAUGAUGAAAUGUGCAACUUCUAUAUAAUGUACUACAUGGACAGCAAACAUGCCAUCCCCUACAUGAACUGCAUGGAGACGAGCUCCAAAGAACUGUUUCAGCAUAUUCCGAGCGAGGCUAAUGUCCCUAUCGCUGUCAGUCCAGGUCAUUUGAACUCUAUGAUGCAAAUGGGACAUUCAACAGAUGAUCAAGAUGACAGAUCGUUGUUGGAUACAAACAAGGCAGAACAGGUUCUGGGUCAAGACAACCAUUUGGAACAAGUCUCAGCAUGGCCACAGAGUUCUCUCCAGCUGGGUCAAGUGUCAGGACUUGCCCUCGACUCUGAUUCUAACUUGGUCAUUUUCCACAGAGGUGACCACCACUGGGGGGCAGAUUCUUUUAACAGACAGGCAAGAUACCAGCAGAGGUCCCUAGGUCCAAUUCAGCAGUCCACUAUUCUGGUUGUGGACGCAUCCAAAGGCAACAUCCUGAAAGCUUCUGGCAGAAACAUGUUUUACUUGCCUCAUGGAAUAACUACAGACAAGGAGAAUAAUUACUGGGUCACUGAUGUGGCUCUUCAUCAGGUGUUAAAAGUGAGCAGUGACGACAGAGACAGAACCUUGCUGGCACUGGGUGAGGCUUUCACACCAGGAAGUGACAACAGUCACUUCUGCCAGCCCACUGAUGUGGCUGUAGACACCCAUACUGGGAACAUCUUUGUGUCGGAUGGCUACUGCAAUGCCAGGAUACUGAAAUUCUCUGCUGAUGGCAAAUAUCUGUCCGAGUGGGGUGCAGGCUCAGCAGACAGGAGGCACCGCAUACCCUUCCGGAUCCCCCACAGCCUGGUGUUCCUUCCUGACAGAGAGGAAGUUUGUGUGGCUGACCGGGAGAAUGGACGUAUUCAGUGCUUCAUAGCUGAAACUGGAGAGUUUGUCAAGGAAAUAAAGAAGGAGGAGUUUGGAGGGGCGGUGUUUGCCAUCACCUUCAGUCCUGCUGGAGCUGGCUUGAUCUUUGCAGUAAAUGGGGAAUCUCCGUAUCACUCAGCUCCACUCAGAGGUUUUGUAAUAAAUUAUUCAACCAAGGAAAUAUUGGAUACCUUCACCCCAGAGAAAAAGGAGUUUAAAAUGCCUCACGACAUAAUUGAAACCAGGGACGGCAGCGUCUUUGUCGGGGAUGCAGGCACUAAAUCAGUCUUCAAGUUCACCACUGAAAAGUUACAUCGCUCUGUCAAGAAAGCUGGAAUUGAGGUUCAAGAACUUGAAGAAAUGGAGACGUUUGUCGCUACUAAGGUGAGGCCGGAGUACAACAUGUCGAAGACAGCAGCCAUCCAAGAGAAGCAACAUGUGGCUAAACAGCCGAGACCACAGGAAGAGGCAGAAGAGGAGGAGGAGAAGAAGAAGAGUGGAGCAAAGCCAAACAGAGAGCAGGGUGUAUUGCCAGCCAUCAUCACCACCCUGCUGCUCAUCCCUCUGCUGGUGGUCAUCUCCAUAGGAGUCUUUAUCUGCUGGAAGAAAAAUAAUCGAUGUGAGGUGAAAACUGAGCCCAGCUCUGUGGGAGGGAUCUUGGGAAAAAUAAGAGGUAAAGCAGUGGGUAGUCUGAACCUGGGGAACUUCUUUGCAUCCCACAAGGGUUACAGUCGGCAGGGCUUUGACCAGCUGAGUACUGAAGGUAGCGACCAGGAGAGGAACGACGAGGACAGCAGCGAUUCAGAGAAUGAGGAGUACUCUGCUCUGCCGCCUCCUCAAUCCUCUUCUUAGAUGCUCUGCGGCCAGCCACCAACCUUCUGCUUACAUUUCCAAGAUGUCUGUUAUUCAUCGUAUGUAACUAUUGUGUUAGCUGCCAAUUUUAUUCUUUUAUAUAUUUAGAAAUAUACUAUAUGAAAAAUGGGCAUAAUUUAGACAGUUUAUUUAAUUUACCCGUGGUAUUGAUACAGCCUUGGUGACACAAUUCACACAUCACUAUUUGUUUUUCCCACAUCAAACUUUCAUGAAAUUAUUAGCACAAUCCCUAAAGAAAUGUUUGCGAUAUAUGGUGUUAAAUUAAUCAAGAACAAAUCUGCCAAUGGGCUGAGAUAAUUCUUCCUUUUCUUUGUGCAGUUUAUCUUGUUUUAGGGAGUAUUGUAGAACAAAAUUCUAUGAAAAUCUUGAAAUAAGUUGUUUUGUAUAUGAAACAGGUAAAACUAAUUUAAGCCCAUUGCUGAUAACUGAUAAGAAAAUAAACCAAACUUCACUGAA